AUGUCUGGAGGUUUCUCGGCGGACGCUGUGUCGGCUCACAACACGCCGGACAACCUCUGGAUCAUCAUUGAUGAGGAUGUCUACGAUCUUACCAAGUUCCAAGAUGAACACCCCGGUGGGAAGAAGAUCUUGCAGCGAGUCGCUGGGAAGAAUGCCUCAAAACAGUUCUGGAAAUAUCACAAUGCUGGUGUUUUGAAACAGUACGGUCCUCAACUUAAAGUUCGAGAAUGGGUGGAGGCCGAGAUCGACCUAAAUGGCCAUGAAUGGGACGAGGGGAAGACCGUCCCCGAACAUCUCUACAAGCAAAUGGGGGAAAGAGGAUAUCUGGCGGGGUUGAUGGGUGUGGCAUAUGACCCGGCACUGUCCAGGAAUCAUGUGAAAUGUGUACCCCCAGAGAGCUGGGAUUUCUUCCAUGAAUUGAUCGUCACCGAUGAGCUCUCUCGAGCCGCCAGCGGUGGUCUCGUCUGGAACCUGAUUGGUGGUUUUGGCAUCGGGUGCCCACCUGUUAUCAAAUACGGGAAGAAAGAAUUGGUCAACCGCAUCCUUCCUGGUAUCUUGGCCGGCGACAAGCGUAUCUGUCUAGCCAUUACCGAACCGGAUUGUGGAAGCGAUGUUUCCAAUAUUUCUUGUGAAGCUAAGCUGACGCCGGAUGGGAAGCAUUAUAUUGUCAACGGUGAGAAGAAAUGGAUUACCAAUGGCAUUUGGUCGGAUUACUUCACCACCGCUGUGCGGACUGGCGAACCUGGAAUGAAUGGUAUUAGCGUACUACUCAUCGAGCGGUCCGCCGGUGGAGUCGGCACCCGCAAGAUGGAUUGCCAGGGCAUGGCGACAAGCGGUACUACUUAUGUCACUUUCGAAGAUGUCAAGGUGCCUGUUGAGAACCUGAUCGGCAAGGAGAACCAGGGCUUCAAAGUAAUAAUGAUGAACUUCAACCACGAACGCAUGGGCAUAAUAAUUCAAUGCGUCCGCUUCUCGCGCGUCUGCUAUGAAGAAUCUGUCAAAUAUGCCCACAAGCGACAAACCUUCGGCAAGCGCUUGAUCGACCACCCAGUGAUCCGCAUGAAGCUCGCGCACAUGGCGCGACAUAUCGAAGCCUCGCAUAACUGGCUUGAAAAUCUCGUUUUCCAAUGCCAGUCCAUGGACGACACAGAGGCCGCCUUCCGCCUAGGGGGUGCGAUUGCGGGCCUAAAGGCGCAAUCAACCACUACCUUUGAGUUCUGCGCUCGCGAGGCGAGCCAGAUUUUUGGUGGUUUGAGUUAUACCCGUGGGGGUCAAGGGGGUAAGAUUGAGCGACUGUAUCGGGAUGUGCGCGCAUACGCGAUCCCUGGCGGAAGUGAGGAGAUUAUGUUGGACCUUAGUAUGAGGCAGAGUUUGAAGGUUCAUCAGUUCUUUGGGAUGAGUCUUUAG